AUGUCGCCCUCUGGCUACACCCUUUGCCUCCUGCUCCUGGUGGCGGCCGUCUGGCUGUGGCUGCCCUGCUGCGAAGGCAAGGACUACCGAGGCUUCCUGAAGAGGCACCAAGACAACCCCAAGUCGAACUACGGCGGCAACAACAACUACUGCUACAACAUGAUGCGCCGCAAGGGUCUGAAGUGCGCGGGGAGCAACACCUUCAUCCACGCCAGCGAGGAGCAGCUGAAGUCCAUCUGCAACUCCAGGGGGCAGAUCCUGAAGGGGAUCACCACCAGCAAGACCCUCUUUGCUAUCACCGUCUGCCAGCGGCGGAGGAGGGGCUUGCGCUGGAGGCUGUGCAGGUACAAGGGAAAGAGCAAGAUCAGGAGGAUCCGGGUCAUUUGCAAGAAAGGCCUGCCGGUCCGCUACAUCUCCUACCUGUAG